AMCAGGUUAAAGUCGAGGCAGGGAGCUGCGAGGAACGAGCCUCAGUGUUAACGACCAGUUUCCAACAGAAACCUUGGAUAGGAGGCGCGUACUGUUCCCUGUCAGAAAAACAUCAGUGAGGGCAGAGAGCUACGUUAGAGAAGCUGUACGUUAACGGUCAGCUGCUCAGAGACCCACUAAUCACUCCAUGGCUUUAUUAAAUACAUCAAGCUGCAGCACUGAUGGAGCUGAAGGUGUGGGUGGACGGUGCAGUCAGGGAGGUGUGUGGCCUUUCUCUGGACACUUCCUGUCAGGAUGUGGUCAUCGCUCUGGCCCAGGCCAUCGGUCAGACGGGUCGUUAUGUUCUCAUCWUGAAGCUCAAAGGAACUGAGAGGAACCUGGGAGCUGAAGAGUGUCCUCUGCAGCAGCUGCUGAAGCUGGGUCAGCUCGCUGCACAGGUCCAGUUUGUUCUGCGGAGAAAGGGGCCCAGUCUCAGUGAGGGUCCACACAGACACCUGGCCCCCCAGAGACUGUCAGAACAGAACCCGGUCAAACACAGAGGUCUCAGUUCAGACCCUUCAACGCUCCCCAGGAGGACUAAACCAAAGAAGACCUUGUCUUCGUCUCUUGUGGAACUAACAGAGACUUCUGUCCCUCCCCCAAAGACCCCCAGCACAGUGGACCUCUGUCUCCAGGACUCGGUUAAAGAGGAACCCUUCAGGGAGGUCCUGCAGCAGCAGAUCCUGCUCCAGGACCUGGAGGCUCAGAUUGAAGCUCUUGAGAAGGAGACAGAGUUGUGGGAGCAGAGGGUAACAUCUGCUGCAGUCCCUGAUCCUGGUCCAGGUCUGACCCAGGAACUGGAGGAGCUCCAGUAUCAGCUGAAGCAGAACGAGGUGGAGCUGCUGUACGGAGAAGACUGGGUGAAGGAGCUGAGGGAUGAACUGAAACGAGAACAAGACAUGAAGACACGACUGGACCAGAUCCACUCGUCCAUACAGGACCAGAACCAUGAGCUCAGGGUGCUCCAGGACCAGUCUGAACAUCUGGAGCAGGAUCUCCAAGCCCAGGCUCAGACAGGGGGACAGAGUCCUGAGGUGGAGGCUCAGCAGACAGGAGAAGCUCUGCUCACCCUGACUGAGGAGCUGCACAGCCGCUUGCGGCUCUCAGAACAGCUGGAUGCAGAUUUCUCAGAGACUCUGUGGGAGCUGCAGACGGCAGAGGAAACAGUAAAGGACAGGCUGGAGACCAUGGAGGAGCUGAAGAAAGAGCUGAGACAGUGUGACCUGCAGCACUUCAUCCAGCAGACCGCAGUCCCUCAGCGCUCCAGGCACAACUCCCUGCCUGCUCAUCAGGCUCCGCUCAGAAAGUCCCGCAUCAGGAAGUAAUCACACCAGGAAGUAAUCACACCAGGAAGUAGACCCAGCCACAUCAGCAGCUGCCAGCCUGUCCAAACACUUCUGUUGGUUGGAAAAUCAACUUCUCACCAUCAUCUCUGGAGAAAAGAUCUGAUUUUAUUUUGUUAUAAAUAUUUUAUACUUGUCACUUUGUUAUUAGAUGAACUGUAAUGGAGUUAUUUUUGUAUGUAAAAAAUAAAGUUUUUUUUAAUUCCACUGGA